AUGCAAUGUUGUUCCAAGAAAUCGGGUGUCAUAUGGAGUUUUGCAAGCGGGAUUGUGUUAAUCAUCAUCGGCUUAAUUGUAACCAUUCUUAUUCCCUCUGUCGUUGAGCACAUUGCCGUUGAGCAGGCUUAUAUUGGUACAGUCAUUAAGAAUGGAACAAAGGUUCCAAGUUCCGUUACUGAACGAUGGGCGCAACCUCUUUAUGAUAUGCGUCAGCACGUAUGGAUAUAUAAUGUUACUAACCCAGAUGACAUCAUGAAAGGCGGCAAACCCAAAGUUAACGAGGUUGGGCCUUUCGUGUUUUCAGAAAAACAAAAGAAGAAUUUUACAUUCAGUGAAGAUGAGUCGAGAGUAUCCUAUCGCAAUAAUCACUUGUACAUGUACAAUGCUAGUUUAUCAUGCGAGAAGUGCAAGCUCGAUCUUCUGGUAACUGUUCCAAACCCUGUUUUCCAGAAAUUAGUCGACUUCGCCGCCACUCAAACGACCGUCAUCCGAUUUCUGUUGGAAUCCAUAUUGUCUACUGCAAAAGAAACUGCUUUCAUCACGGUUCCUGUUAGAGAGGCAUUGUUUGAUGGAUUCAGAGAUCCACUGCUCAGUAAAAUAUGCAACAACACAUUGCUGAAAAUAUUCUGUAAGAAUGGGCUCAUUCCAGAGAAAAUUGGUUUCCUCGCUAAUCAAAAUAACACUGAUGAUGGACUUUAUGAAGUUAGCACUGGUUUGAAAGAUCGUAUGUCUAUUGGAAAGGUUUUCUCUUUCAAUAAUCUGACAGCUAUUCCCAAUGUGUGGGAUGAUCCAUCUGCUGGUUUCGUCAAUGGAACGGAUGGCCAACUGUUUCCACCUCUAAUUCAAAAAGGAGAUUCUCUCCAUGUUUUCGCAGGACCUAUGUGCAGAAUGAUUGCACUUGACUACAAAGAUGUCUCGGAGUUCCAUGAUGUUCCUGCUUAUCGUUUCGAAAUGCCUAACAGACUCUUUGAUACAACUGAUCCGAGCAAUAAAAUUUUCUGUAAUAAGAAUGAUACUCCACGAUUCUUCGAUGGGUCUAUUCAACCAGAUGGUUGUCUGCCUCCCGGCUUCAUUGAUAUCGGGCGUUGUCUGCCCUCUGCUCCUCGUAUAUACUUGUCUCAAGGACAUUUCUUGGGAGCUCCUACUGAGGUUUGGUCGUCCGUCGAGGGCAUAGAACUGCCUAAUUCUCAACAUGAUAAGACAGUGGUUGAUGUCGAGAAAACGAGCGGAGUCCCUAUUCGAGCCAAAAGAAUCAUGCAAAUCAAUAUGGGAAUGAGAAAGGGAAACCUCAACGUAUUGAAAAACACAACGAAUAUGAUUAUGCCGGUCUUGUGGAUGAAUGAAACUGCCUGGCUAGAUGAAGGUACACGGGCCCAAUUGCUACAACUGAACUAUGCUUUGCAAGGAAGUUCUGUAAUUGGAAAUAUUUUUGUUUGUGCUGGAGGUGUCAUUUUGGUCGCCCUAGCUGCAGCCAUUCUUAUCUAUAAAGUUACCAAGGAACAGUCUUUGGAUAGACAUCCUAUCCUCCAGGAGGAGGAAGAGGUAGCUGUAGAGUCUGCAGCUAACGAGGAAGACUAA